AUGUCUCCGGCGGCUUCGGCGGCUGGCGGAGGCGAGCGGCGGCGGCCCCCGUUGGGCUUACGGGAAGGCCGGGGCCGGACCCGCGGCUGCGGAGGACCAGCGGGUGCCGCGGCAGUCGGCCUAGCGCUGCUCGGCCUAGCUCUCUACCUAGUGCCCGCGGCGGCCGCGCUGGCCUGGCUGGCCGUGGGGGCGAGCGCGGCCUGGUGGGGCCUGAGCCGCGAACCCCGUGGCCCGCGGGGCCUGUCCUCGUUCGUGCGCGACUCCCGCCGUCACCCGCGGCCCGCGCUCACCGCUUCACCGCCUUCGGCCAAGUCGGCUGUCAACGGUAGCCUCUGUGAGCCCCGCAGCCCGCCUGGAGGCCCCGACUCCGCCGAGCUCCUACUCAUGGGCAGCUACCUGGGCAAGCCCGGCCCGCCCCAGCCUGCCAUCGCUCAGGACCCUAGGGACAGGUCGGGCCGCCGCCCACCCUCCCGCUCCCCGCCGCCGGCAUCGGCGGCUGAACGCGUCCACCACGUCUAUCCCGCGCUCCCCACCCCGCUUUUGCGAUCCUCCCGGAGGCUGCCCCACCGAGAUUGUGGGCCUCUAUCCAGUCGGUUUGUCAUAACACCCCGAAGACGAUAUCCCAUUCAGCAGGCCCAGUAUUCCUUGCUUGGGGCACUGCCAACGGUGUGCUGGAAUGGUGGGCAUAAGAAGGCCGUGCUGUCUGCACGGAACUCGAGGAUGGUAUGCAGCCCAGUGACAGUGAGGAUCGCCCCUCCAGACAGCAAGCUGCUUCAGUCACCAAUGCCCGAGCAGAUACUCAAUACAACACUGUCUUCACCAUCAAGUAACGCUCCAGACCCUUGUGCGAAGGAGACCGUGCUGACUGCCCUCAAGGAAAAGAAGAAAAGGACAGUGGAGGAAGAACAGCUGCACCUCGAUGGCCAGGAAAACAAGAGAAGGCGCCAUGAUAGCAGUGGGAGUGGCCAUUCAGCAUUCGAGCCCCUUGUGGCCAACGGAGGAGUCCCUGCUGCGUUUGUGCCUAAGCCCGGCUCCCUGAAGAGAAGCCUGGCUUCCCAGAGCUCAGAUGACCACCUGAACAAACGGUCUCGCACCUCCUCCGUGAGCUCCCUCACUAGUACAUGCACAGGAGGCAUCCCCAGCUCCAGCCGCAACGCCAUCACCAGCUCCUACAGCUCCACCCGUGGCAUCUCACAGCUGUGGAAGAGGAGUGGUCCCACCUCAUCCCCCUUUUCCAGCCCAGCUUCCUCCCGCUCCCAGACACCAGAGAGGCCAGCUAAGAAAACAAGAGAAGAGGAGCCAUGUCACCAUUCCAGUUCUUCAGCUCCCUUGGUGACAGACAAGGAGUCCCCAGGAGAAAAGGUUACAGAAACAGCCACUGGGAAGCAGCAGAGUCUGUGGACAUCCCCACCCAUGCCUGGCAGCUCGGGGCAACGCAAGCGUAAGAUUCAACUGCUGCCCUCCCGGCGAGGGGACCAGCUGACCCUGCCUCCACCCCCUGAGCUUGGUUAUUCCAUCACUGCCGAAGACCUGGACAUGGAGAGGAAAGCCUCUCUGCGGUGGUUUAACAAGGUCUUGGAGGACAAGACUGAUGAUGCCACCACCUCAGCCACUGACACCCCUGCUGCCGCCAAUCCUCCCUUCGCUUUCACCCUGCCGACUGUGGGGCCUGCUGCCUCAGCAGCCUCCCUCCCAGCUCCCAGCUCCAACCCACUGUUGGAGAGCCUGAAGAAGAUGCAGGACUCUCCAGCCCCACCAUCCUCAGAACCUGCUGAGGCAGCAACAGCUGCAGCCCCUUCACCUCCGAAGACACCCAGCCUCCUGGCCCCUCUAGUCUCGUCACUGACAGGGCCUCUGGCUGGCACCUCCUCAGACUCCAAACCUGCAGCCGCCUUCCUGGGGCUGGCCCCUGCUUCAUCUACAACACCUCUUGCUGACACUAAGUCCCCCGGAAUCCCUCAGGCUGAGCAGUCUGUCAGUACCCCAGCCUCCUCAGCUCUCUCCUCUACCCCAAAGCCCAGCAUGUUGUUUGGGAUGCUGAGCCCACCUGCCAGUUCUUCCUCCCUUGCCACUCCUGGCCCAGCUUGUGCUUCUCCCAUGUUUAAGCCCAUUUUUCCAGCCACACCUAAAAGUGAGAGUGACGGCCCCUUGCCAACUAGCUCCUCAGCCACCACUACAAUUUCAUCCAGCACCACCCUCCCCACGACAGCCAGCACCACAGCUCCCACGUUCAAGCCCAUUUUUGACAGUCCAGAGCCGUUUACAGCCAUGCCCCUGUCAACUCCCUUCUCCCUGAAGCAGACAACUGCUACAGCCACCACUGCAGCCACAUCAGCCCCUCUCUUCACUGGUCUGGGCACUGCCACCUCCACAGUGGCCUCUGGCCCCACAGCCUCUGCCCCAAAGCCUGUAUUUGGCUUUGGAGUGACCACUGUGGCUAGCACUGCCAGUAAUACCUUGACUUCCACCUCCCAGCCACUUCUAUUCGGAGGGGCGCCCUCUGUCACUGCUGCCAGCUCCGCCACAUCCCUGCCCUCCAUCUUCCAGUUUGGCAAGCCUCCUGCUCCAGCAGCAUCUGCAGCAGGCACUUCCUUUAGCCAGCCCCUUGCCAGCUCUGCCCAGACGGCGGCCAGCAAUAGCAGUGGCACUGGUGGCUUCAGUGGCUUUGGCAGCACUCUCACCACCUCAACCUCCGCCCCUGCCACCACUAGCCAGCCCACGCUGACCUUCAGCAACACCGUCACCCCCACUUUCAACAUUCCCUUUAGCUCCAGUGCCAAGCCUGCUCUCCCAACCUACCCUGGAGCCAACCCACAGCCCACAUUUGGAGCCACUGAAGGGGCCACUAAGCCAGCAGUUGGCUCAAGUUUUGGCAGCUCUUUCACCUUCGGCAACUCUGUAGCCUCAGCCCCAUCAGCGACUCCGGCACCAGCCACCUUUGGCAGUGGUGCACAACCAGCUUUCGGUGGGUUGAAAGCCACAGCGUCCACCUUUGGCACCCCUGCCAGCACACAGCCAGCUUUUGGUAGCACCACGUCUGUGUUCUCCUUCGGUUCAGCCACUACUUCUGGCUUUGGUGCCACCACACAGACCACCAACAGUGGGAGCAGCAGCUCUUUAUUUGGCAGCUCUACUCCAUCCCCGUUCACAUUUGGUGGCUCAGCAGCUCCUGCUGGUAGUGGAGGCUUUGGGCUUAGUGCUACUCCAGGCACCAGCUCCACCUCUGGAACUUUCAGCUUUGGAUCUGGACAGAGCGGGACCACAGGCACCAACACCUCCUUUGGGGGAAGCUUGAGUCAGAACACCCUGGGCACACCCAGCCAGAAUUCACCCUUCGCCUUCAAUGUGGGCAGUACGCCUGAAAGCAAGCCUGUGUUUGGAGGAGGCACAUCCACACCCACUUUUGGGCAGAGUGCCUCUGCCCCUGGAGUAGGCACCGCAGGCAGCAGCCUCUCAUUUGGGGCCUCCUCAACACCUGCCCCAGGCUUUGCUGGAGUCGGACCUUUCGGAUCAGCAGCCCCUUCGUUUUCUAUUGGUGCGGGAUCCAAGACCUCAGGGGCUCGACAGCGACUUCAGGCCCGAAGGCAGCAUACACGCAAGAAGUAGCCUGCCUCCUCUCUCCACUCCCCCAUCCCUUGCCUGAAACUGGACCUCAGCACCUACUAGGAAGAGCCUCUGACCCUUCAAAUUCCAUAGCAAACCCAGCCCGUCACCAGGGCAGAAGUGGCAGCCUGGCCUUUUCUGUUCUAGAGGAAGCGGGUGCCCCGGGGAGGGGCAGGA